UGAAAUUCAGUCUCUGAAUUUGUAAUACCCGCGAUUGCCCUCGGAAGAGCAUCGCCUACAGAUAACAGCUGCAUGACACUCAGGAGCUUGGAUCGUGUGUGUGUAACUGAGAGUUACACGAUCCUGACGAAAACUCGUUUGUGACUUGUAGUAUCAGCGGAGGAUCUCACUCUCAAUUGAUAUGCAGUGAUUUCGCAGUGGAAUUUCGUCGCAGGAUUUCCACACAAAUUGAAGAUCCAUCACAAGGGUAGCGCGAAGGAGGAUUUUGAAUAUUUAAUUUCCAGGGCUUACGGAGAUUAGACGGUGUUCAUGCAUUUGUAGAGACGGAAUGGCAAUUCAGGUUUUCGUGGUGUGAAGAUUUGGGAUAUUUUUACAAUGCAGGCGUUGAGGAGGGGACAUAGUGAUGUGAUGGGGUUUUUCUAGGGUUUUGGUGAGAGGACUUCGUCCAUGGUAGGAUGAGGAAGAGGAAGGUUGGGGUGGAGGAGGGGAAUCGUGACCCUGAGCGGUGUCCUUAUCACCUUCGAUUGCUCCGAAACCUCUAUGGGACACUUCUGCGAUCGCUCCAGGAGGUUGUGCAGGAUUUGGGAGAUGGUGAGGAGAUGGGGCUUGUUCGAGAUGAUGAUUCUGUGGAGUAUUUGAUUCUUUUGAAGAGGAGUUUUGCGUUGUUGCCGGAUGGAGCGUUGGAGCGGGUUGGUCGCGGGGAGGCUAUGAAUCAGCGAUGGAGCCAGCAGCAGGUUGUGGAAAGAUCUAUUCAGCUGCACUUACGAGAGGGAGCCUCCUCGAAUGUUCUUUGUUUUGGCUAUGGACAGGUUCAGUCAGCAGGAUCAAAAGAACUAAUUCCAGCUUUUAAAGGGUUAGAACAUCAUCACUACAAUGUAGCCACAGCUUUUAUUAGUACCCAUUUGUGGGUUACCCUGCUUGCACGGAUUGGAGAGGAGAGAAUGCUUUACCUACUGUCAAAUGCGGCUAUUUUUGUGCCGCUACCAAAUUAUUGUUUGCUACAAGUGGCAGGUCAUGCAUUUAACAUGACUGCUUCAAUCAUGAAGCAGCUUCCACAAUCCAUUUCGAUCAGAACAACAAGUCAUGGCGAGCUUUCGACGGUUCUGCAGCAGAAGGCUCCAAAUAUUGAACAGAGAAACUCCUAUUACAGAACUGAAAAGUUACUGAGGCUGCAGGAUGCUAACGAAGUUCCUGAAGACAUGACAUUGUCUAGAAAGCGGGCGAGGCCUUCAAGCUGGGUGCGUCGCAAGCAGUGGAGAAGACAGAGUACGCCCAUAACCUCAUGCUCUUCUACCGUGACGAAGUUGAGCGAUCAUCGUGGUACUAGCGGAAAUAGGAAUCUAGCAGGAACUCAUUUUGUAUGCCAAAGACGUGAGGGUUUAGCUGAGGGUCUGGAUGAUGUAGACCCAGUCAUAUUCAGCCACUGCACAGUUGACAAGGUGGAGUUACCAAAGCCAGUACAUAGGGUUGGUUUCCCGCCCAGAAUAAUUGAUCGAUCUGCAAUUUUUUACCACUCCUCAUUUUCUUGUCAUGCAGGCCUCCCUGCCAAUCAUAUUUUGAACACAUCCAGCACCAACGAGGCAGAUAUCUCUCGGGUCCUUGGUUCUGUUUUUCCAGCUCUGGACAUUGCAGCUACAGCCUCUGAAAGGGGGUCGUUAUUAACAGCAGGCAACGUCACCAAGGAUAAUUUAAUCAAAAAUGUGAAAGGAUUGCUGAGAAAAAUGGUCCAAAGUGCAAAGCAUUGUAAUUAUGCACGUUUAUUGAGCAAGCAUUGUCCUCUUCCAUCUUACUCGGCACUUUCUCUUCCUAAGGUCAAGACUCCUCGGUUGCAGGAUAAGAAACAAAUGAAGUCCAAUGUUAAGGGUUUAAAUUUGUUAAUGGAGAGAUAUUUCACACAAGAGAAGGAUGACGAUUAUCUACUUAUUAACUCCCUUGGCAGCUCGAAGAAGAACUGCAACCUGACGAGAUCGUCCAGGCCUCUGAGUAAUGGCCCUAUAGGUGGUCCAUAUCUUGGGGAGAUUAUGCAUCCCGAAUACUGUCGAAAACCUGUUGUGAAUGAAGGGAUACCUCAUGAGAAAGAUAAAGCUACAGGGCGAAUAGCAGAUCUGGGAAAGCUUGUAACCCUUUCCUCAACUCACAGCGAAGUUGUCAACUUUUUGUGGGCUGUAUGCCGCAGUCUCCUCCCUGAGUCGUUCCUUGGCUGUAACCGCUUCCGGAGGAAACUCUGCAGUGGCAUUGCUAGCUUCGUGAGCCUGCGCCGGCAUGAAAAUUUUCAUAUCCAGCACUUUCUAAAUGAACUCCAAAGUUUUAACACUGCAUGGCCUUGCUUUAGUGAAAAUGGUCGAAGAACUCGGAAAAUUUCUCUCAAGGACUCCGACACUCAUGCCUUGCAAAUGAAGGCAGAGAGUCCAGGCUGUCCAUCGUACGCAUGGGACCUUCCGCAGACAAUGUUGCAAGACUGGUUGCAUUGGUUGUUCACUGAGAUGAUAAUUCCACUUCUGCGUAGUCAUUUUUACAUCACGGAGGCUGAGAAUCACAGACAGAAUGUGCUAUACUAUCGGAAACCCGUGUGGGCUAAAAUUCAGAUGCUGUCUCUGAAUCAUCUGGUUGUCAAGUGUUACCGUAAAUUAGAUCCAACCACAGUUGCUGCAGUCCUACAGAAGCGAGUUCUGGGUUUCUCGCACGUUCGAAUGCUGCCCAAGCAUAAUGGCGUACGCCCCAUUGCCAACUUAAGCAGCAGGACAAGAUGCGCACUGCCUCUGAUAACAGGAGCCCCAAAGGAUAUUGAAAGUUCCGCUUUGUGCGGAAAGCGACGCAGGACUGAUUUGAUUGAUUCAGUGGAUUAUUUAGUUAAAUUUCGAUCAGCAACCCGAAGGAACAUCUUGAAACAAGUCAGUUUUGCGUUCAAGUCUAUUAAUUCACGACUAAAAGGCGUGCACACGUGCCUGAAGUACGAACAAGAGACUCAUUUAGAAGAUUUGGGUGCCUCAGUAUUUGGUUACAAAGAUGCGUAUAGCAAGCUUCUACCAUAUAUCAGUCAUUUGAAGAGCUUGCCGGGAGGCUUACCGCAGAUGUACAUGGCAGUCUGCGAUAUUUCUAGAGCUUAUGAUACAAUUAAGCAAGAUAAACUGUGUGAGGUGGUAUCUGGAUUUCUUCGGCUUCCCGUGUAUCAUAUUCGACGUUAUGCUACUAUCUUCAACUUUAUGGGUAGUACCAGAGCCUCCUACAAACAGAUAUGUACAACCUCAGAUCAGCAACAUGAUAUUUUGAAGUUAUUUAUGGAACUUGCUGCCAGGCGUUCACAUUCCAUUCUUCAGGAUCAGGGUAUGGUCACACGGUUGAAACAAAGUCAGAUCCUGGGGCUUAUUGAGGAACAUGUUAAGAGGAAUAUAGUGAAGAUUGGGCCUCACUUUUAUUUGCAGAAAACAGGUAUUGCUCAGGGCAGUGUGCUUUCUCCACUUUUGUGUUCAAUAUUCUUUGGGCACCUGGAUGAGCACGUCCUGAUGCCACUUCUGCAGCAGCCUGCUUCGGUCUAUAGAAAUGAUUUCAGGAGUCAACAAGAGGGUGAAAAUGAAGUAGAAAUUUCUUCGGCGAGGUUACCAUCAGACUUACUGGAGGUUCCAAAAGUCAUAGAAAAUGGUGAAACUAUACUCUUGCGAUUGAUUGAUGAUUCCCUCUUCAUCUCAACUUCGCAAAGUUCUGUGGCAAGAUUUGUGCAACUCAUGCAUGACGGUUUUGAAGAGUAUGGGUGCUAUGCUAACCGACAAAAGACAGCUGUAAGUUUCGACUUGCUUUUAAACAAGAAUCAGGAAAAAAUAGCCCUCGGCGUAUAUAUGACCAGCGAUGGAGCCAGAUUUAUGCGCUGGGGUGGCCUGCUAAUCAACUGCUGUACAUUAGAAGUCCAAGCCGAUUACACCAGGUAUAUUGGAGAGCCCAUAAAGGGUACGAUUACAGUAGUUCGAAAGAAAAACCCAGGAGCUCAAGUGCCAAUCAAGCUGUGCCAUUUUGUGCGUGCUAAGAGCCAUCCUAUACUCUAUGAUCUUAGAAUCAACUCGCCUUCAACAGUCCGCCUCAAUGCGUAUCAGGCUUUUCUUCUGUGUGCCAUGAAAUUUCAUGCUUACCUUUGCAGCAUGGAACGUACUUGUUGUCACCAUUCUCCAUUUCUUCUACAGGCGAUCGAAGUGACUUCAAGCUACAUGCAUGGGCUGCUGAGAAAACAAAUGCAAGAAAUGGGAGCUAGUGCGCACCUUGGCAUGACAAAGGAUGAAAUGACGUGGCUGGCAUUGCAUGCUUUUCUGAAGGUACUUCAUAAGAAGCAGUCUCGAUAUACAGAACUUCUAUUUCUUAUUCAGGAGAGGCUUGGCACACCAAAAUACGCACCCUUAAGUUAUUGCCCGCAUCUAGCUUCUGCCCGUGAUGAUAACAGGUCAACUAUGUUCAAGCUCAUUAUAUAUUGAACACAAAUUUUCUUAUCUUUCCUGGAAUCCCUUGGAUGUCAUUAGUCAUGACAUCGUUACAUAUGUAAAAAUCAAUUAUUUAUCUCAAUUCUCAUCAUAAAUCGUUGCUACUGUCUUAAAGACAUCUUGCUUCUCCGGCACCUCAACGAUGAGUAAUGAGGUUUCAGUGGUCAUGUUUGCAAGACAAAGACACCGAAAAUGUAAUUAACAAUCUUUAUCACAAUUCAUGAGGCUGAGUAAGAUGUCCUUUAUUUGUGUACU